CCCACACCCCCCCGCGUCGAGCCAUGUUGGAGGAAAUCCGCUGCGCUGGAUUAUUCUAAUCCGACGGGUCUGGACGACACAUCACGACCGACGCGAGCAGCUCCAUCCCGCGGCCUGUGGCAGAUGCAGCCCGUCCCUCGGAGCUAAAGUUGGGAUGAUCCGCGGCUCUGCUCGCUGCCGCCGCGGCCACUGAUCCGCGCUGCUCGGGCCGUUUCCUGGAGCCAUCCGUCCUCUGACAGCGGCUCGGUACCGCCGCACCUCGGGGCACAGGGGACCCGGACCCGCUGCGACUCGAACGCGUCUCCACCUGCUCCCCCGGCGCGGUUAGCUCCAGCCUGGCUCGGCUCGGCUCGGGUGUCCUGUCCGCGGUCUGAAGCGCUGCCGCAGCUCGCUCUCUGCUAGCUAGCGCGGCUAGCUCGCUCCAGCUAGCUAGCUAGCGAGGAAUUCCUCAAGUUUAGUCCGGAACCGAGCGAACACCCAGCGGCUCAUCGAGAGGGAGGAUGUCGGCGAAAGAGCCAAACAAGCUGUCCACCACCGAGCGACCUGUCAAAGCGGUGCCAUAUCCUCCUGGCACCCGCCUGACGGUCAAGGACCUGUACGUGGAUGGGAAGCCCAGCGUGGAGGUGCUGAAGGCCCACCUGGUGAAGGAGGGCCGCGUGGAGGAGGAGACGGCUCUCCGGGUCUUAAACGAGGGAGCAGCGAUUCUCCGCCAGGAGAAAUGCAUGCUGGAGGUGGAAGCCCCCAUCACAGUGUGUGGAGACGUCCACGGACAGUUCUUCGACCUGAUGAAGCUCUUCGAGGUGGGCGGCUCCCCCAGCACCACCCGCUACCUGUUCCUCGGGGACUACGUGGACAGAGGCUACUUCAGCAUCGAGUGUGUUCUGUAUCUCUGGGCUCUGAAGAUCAACCAUCCCAACACGCUGUUCCUCCUCAGAGGAAACCACGAGUGCCGACACCUCACAGAAUACUUCACCUUCAAACAGGAGUGUAAAAUAAAGUACUCUGAGCGUGUGUAUGACGCCUGCAUGGAGGCCUUCGACUGCCUGCCUCUGGCCGCGCUCCUCAACCAGCAGUUCCUGUGUGUGCACGGAGGCCUGAGCCCGGAGGUCACCUGCCUGGACGACAUCCGGAAGCUGGACCGGUUUAAGGAGCCUCCUGCGUUCGGGCCCAUGUGUGACCUGCUGUGGUCGGACCCGGGGGAGGACUACGGAUCAGAAAAGACCCAGGAGCACUUCUCCCACAACAGCGUCCGAGGCUGCUCUUAUUUCUACAGUUACCCGGCAGUAUGUGACUUCCUGAUGAACAAUAACCUGUUGUCUGUAAUACGAGCACAUGAAGCCCAGGACGCAGGGUAUCGAAUGUACAGGAAAAGUCAGACGACAGGCUUCCCCUCUCUCAUCACCAUCUUCUCGGCUCCGAACUACCUGGACGUGUACAACAACAAAGCUGCGGUGCUGAAAUAUGAGAAUAACGUGAUGAACAUCCGGCAGUUCAACUGCUCCCCUCACCCCUACUGGCUGCCCAACUUCAUGGACGUGUUCACCUGGUCCCUGCCCUUCGUCGGGGAGAAAGUGACGGAGAUGCUGGUGAACGUGUUGAACAUCUGCUCUGACGACGAGCUGAUGUCCGAGGGAGACGACGCUGGCGACGGCGGAGCUGCGGCCCUCAGAAAGGAGGUGAUCAGGAAUAAGAUCCGGGCGAUUGGGAAGAUGGCUCGAGUCUUCUCUGUGCUCAGAGAGGAGAACGAGAGUGUGUUACAGCUGAAGGGUUUGACCCCGACAGGAACACUGCCUGUGGGAGUUCUGUCUGGAGGUCGGAGAACUCUGCAAAGCGCCACCGUAGAGGCCGAAGAGGCUCGAGCGAUUCAAGGCUUCAACCCGCAGCACAAGAUCCAGAGCUUCGAGGAGGCGCGAGGCCUCGACCGCAUCAACGAGAGGAUGCCCCCCCGCCGCGACAGCAAGCAGGAGGCCCCCCCCUCCCUCAACAACCUGCCGGCCAGCCCCGGGCCUCCGGACAAGAACGGCACCAACGCACAGGCCUAGAUCCUCCGUCACCUCCCCUCUCCUUCCUCCUCCCCUCUCCUCCCCCCCCCCCCCCCCCCGCUUCUCCCUCAGAGCAGGAGACCAGGCAGUUCAGUCCGAGCGAACGUCACCGCGCUUAAUUUAUUUCUUCAUCCAUUUAAAUAUCAUAGAUCCGACUGAACGGGAUAAAUCUCAUUGCACUUGGACAAAUCGCUGCCACGUUCCAUCUGGAGCCUGCGAUUUUUUUUAUCUUGAUUAUUUUUCAUUUUGUGGAGGAAGUGACGCUCAUUGAAACGCUGUGUUUGUGCCCACACACACACACACACACACACACACAUGCAUGCACACAAACACACACACACACAGUCAGAUCCAUCCUUUCUUAUGCCAAUGAUAGUGUGACUGAGCUCUGACGAGCGAGUAUUGACAUUUAUAUUAUAUCUGUACAUUUUAAUUGUUCCCUCUUUUCAAUGUGAUGUUUUUUUUUUACAACCUAUUGAUUAAGGAUUAAUUAUUCCGAGCGGGGGAGCAGGGGUGAGGGAUUUAAAGGAUCAUUCCGCUUUAUUGCAACUAAAGUCUGAAGUUUAUUAGAAACUUUCUGAAUCUGAACUCGAGCUCAACUAACCUUUUUUCUGUAAAUGGGUCGUGACCUCUGACCUGCAGGACGACGGGUUCGUGAUUUCCUGCUCGUUAAAACACUUUUCUCUAAAAACACCAACCGAUGUAAUUAUGAAUAAGAUCAUCUUUAUUAGUAUUAUUAUAAAUAAUCGUUUCACAUAAAGUUUUGACAGUGAAAACAACAGAAGUCCGAUCUCCUGAUGCGCGGCUGCGUGUUCGUCCUGUUCGGUUUAGAGACGCGCUCUGAACAGGAAGUGAUGUCUGAACAGGAAGUGAUGUCUGAACAGGAAGUGAGUCCACGUUGCACUGAGGCGUGAUGAUCCUUUAACAGGAGGCGUGAUGAACCCGGGUGGGUUUGAUUUAUUAAUUAGUGUUUCUGUUUCGGGGAGGUGGGUGGAGCUUGUUGGGAUUUUGUCGGGAACAUUUCUGAACAUAUCUCACAGAAUGUACAGGAAAAAAAAAAAAAAAAAAAGAUAAAAUCAAGAUUUGUUUUUUCUUUGCAGAUAACGUUUUGUUGAGUACAUGUAUCGCGAGGCCUCAUUUAUGUAGAUGUUUCACUCCAUUCAAAUAAAAAAACAGAAAAGUA